AGAUUCUAGUUGAAUCCACACUUACAUUGCGGUCCAGAAGGCAGGCGUCAUGGUGUCUGGAGCAGUUAUCGUGGCGCUUUGUGCUGCUAUUGGUAACGGGCUUCAAGGUUGGGACAAUGCCGCGAUGGCAGGUGCGUGAAGCCUUCGUUGUUCUCUGUUGAAACACUCUAGCGUCCGAGAAUGACUUGCUCCUCUGGUUUUCUCAGGGUCACUUCUCUACGUGGUCCCUGAUUUCCAUUUAUCUCCAACUGCGGUCGGAUUGAUUGUGACUGCAUCCUUGCUUGGUUUGUAGUUCUUCCAAGAAAACGCAUUCUUUCCCCGUUGUCCUUAUUCUGACGACGUCAGAAUGCACGCAGGUUCCGUACUCAGUACUCUAGUCGCUGGAAGAUUUGCGGACUUAAUCGGCAGAAAAUCGGUUCUUAUCAUUGCGGCUUUCACGUUUUUUUUAGGCAAGUCGCUACGUUCCGGAUAGUGAUUUGCUUGAAUACAGCACCGAUAUUCACUAAUUUGCUUCGUUUCAGGAGCUGCGAUCAGCGGAUGGUCCCCUAGCGUGGAGCACCUUGUCACAGGAAGAAGCUUAGUGGGACUAAGCAUUGGAUUCUUUGCCACAGUCGCUCCAAUUUUUAUAUCAGAAUGCUCACCGCCAGAAAUUCGUGGCCAGCUGGCCACACUUCCUCAGCUUAUGGGCAUCGGAGCUAUGGUCUUUUCGUACGCAGUGUCGUUUCUCCUAUCCCUGUCGCCACACACGGAUUGGAGACUUAUCCUUGGGAUUGAGUAUGGAAGUUUAGAUCAUUUCUCAUGUCCCUGUGCUCGGAAUUUAUCUGUCCCUGAACCCCUUCACCUGAUUUCAGAUGUGGACCAUCGCUCCUCUACAUUCUGGCACUUUUUCUUGUUCUUCCUGAGUCACCGAGAUGGCUUGUAAGCAAGGGAAGAAUGGCAGAGGCACGGCUCGUUCUGCAGUACCUUCGUGGUUCUCAAGAUGUUUCGGGUAAGGUGAUCCUUCACUAAGUCCUGCUGAUCCGCAUGAAAACUUUUCAUUAGCCUCAUCAUCUGCACGUUCUGUCAGGUGAGCUGGCUGUCUUGGUAGAGGGGCUCGGACUUUCUCGUGACAUUUCUUUGGAGGAAUGGGUCAUCAAGCCCGUGGAUGAAGAGUUCUUAAACAAAAGCCACGAUUCAACUGCACCUGUCAAGUUGAUUGGGCCGGACUCGGGUUGUGAGUGGAUGGCAUGUCCAGCUGCAGCUACAACUGAGACUGAUGAAGCUGCAAUACUUUCACGUUCUUCCAGCAUUUUCGUAUCUGGAAGCCUUCCAGUUGACAACUUAGUUACCCUGAUGGACAACAUUCAACGGGCUAGCGAUAUGGGCAAUGCAGAAAACGAGAAUAUGCAAGCCAAGGCAUGGCCAUCCCAAAAUUCUUCAAGGGAGGAUCAAUUGGCUCAGCCUUCUGAUAUUGAGAACCUGCAAGCUCCACUGCUGGCGUGUGCAUCUGACAAUUCCGCGGAAAUCUCUCGCCAAUCCUCUCUUAUGGAGUCUGUUUUUUCUUCUGUUCCGCCACUGGCCUCGUUGACAUCUCUGGACCUGAACAACAGCUACCAGACAUCCACAGCUACGGCAGGGUCAUUGGGUGGAGGAUGGCAGCUGAUGUGGCAAGUUGAGGCUGCGUCUAAUCAAGUGGAUGGGGGUGAUGAAAAGCUGAACAAUCAGAGUCACGAUGAGAUGAGGAGGGUCUACAUUUUGCAGCAAAGCAUUGGGCAAUCAUUGUCUGACUCUACGCAGCUUCCGAAUGACGAUGAAGGUCCGGCCAUGGUGCAUCCAUCAAAAACAGAGGGUGCGGAAGGAGGAUUCAGCAGCCUUAAGGAGCCUGGUGUCAAGCAAGCUCUUGUUGUAGGAAUUGGUCUUCAAGUGCUCCAACAGGUAUGGAAGAAUGUCACCUAUUAUGUGCAUCAUCGUCGUUUCUUGCUGAUAUGAUCCCCUCCGUUUGCAGGCAUGUGGAAUCAAUGCGGUGCUAUACUACACCCCUACGAUUCUCAUGUCAUCUGGUGCCAGCGUCCUGGAGACUUAUGGUUUGUCAGCAGAAUCUUCAUCCAUGCUGGCAAGUGGUGUCACAGCUUUCCUUAUGCUGCCCUGCGUAUUUGCAGCCAUGCUGCUCAUGGAUUCCUUGGGUCGAAGGUAUGCGUUAUGAUACCCUGAUGUAUGCCCCUUUCGCUCGCUUGAAACAUACUCAGCCGUAACCACGUUAUUGGAAAUGCAGGCAACUUCUUCUAUGCACCACUCCUAUUAUUGGAGCAUCAUUGGCACUUUUGGUCUUUUCGUCGCUUGCUCUUGGUCCAGGAUUGGUGCAAUCAGUCUGCUCGUUAGCAGGGGUCACAAUAUUCUGCUGUGCAUUCGUCAUGGGUCUUGGGCCAAUACCCAAUAUCAUCUGCUCUGAGAUCUUCCCCACUCCUGUUCGCGGCUUGUGCAUUGGUCUGUGUGGUGCUGCUAUGUGGCUGUGUAACAUUGGUGUCAGCCAAGCGUUUCCACUUCUUCAAGCAAGAUUCGGUCUUGCUGGUGUCUUUGCCAUCUUCUGCACAAUGAGCGUAAUCUCGUGGCUCUUCGUAUUUCUCAAGGUUCCAGAGACUAAGGGCUUGCCCUUGGAGGUCAUCUGUGACAUAUUUGCUUUAUCUGCCAAGCAGCAGCAAGCAGCACGUGUUCACGAAGACUAGCUGCCCCAACAUGGCCAUCUGUCGAUCAAAUUAUUAUGUCACUGCACUUUAAUGCAUACGUCUCCUUAUAAUGGAUUUCUUACACUUAUA